AUGAGCUUUGAAACGACACCGUUAUUUGGUGGCCAAGCCUCAUCUACGUUCGAAAGAUUAUCAAAAGUAGAGAUAACACCAACUCGUUCACUAAAUAUAAACCGCGCCGACAAAUAUGCUAUCUCCAAAACUGAAGACAAAAAUGAACCCAUCGAAGUCGAAUCCGAAGAUGCCAAGACCACUGAUCACUCUGCACAUUCUUUAGCAACCUCGCUUUCAGAAUCGUCUUUCACUACAGCUAACUCAUUUGAGUUUCAGUAUCCAGUUCAAGAAGAACUCCAUUCAGAGAGUGAUAACUUUAGCAGUGGCUCUAUACAUCGACAAGAAAUUACCGUUUAUGAACCUUACGAAGAUAAGACACCAAUUGUAACUCCCCGUGGCACAUUCGACAUUCAGACACCGACAGAAAGUGAUUUUGCACCUCAGCAGUCUGAUCUGAUACGGCAAACACCUUUCUCAGCUGAUGGCUUCAGUUUUGAGAGACCGGAUUCACAUGACCAUCAAAACCGUGGCCAAAUUCCAUUGUUGGCAAAAGUAGACAACUCGGUGGCUCAAAAAGCCCCAAAUGACCCAACCAAUACUUUUGAAAAUGGGCAAAAUAAUGCUUCGGCGAAGUUGGGCUAUUCUUCUCCAUUCAAAGCAUAUAGACGAUCGAUUGUCGGCUCGACUGGGAGCAUUGCCACAGAAAAGAAUCCGAAUCGAAACAGUAUUAUAGAGGCAUGCCGUAAAUCUCCAGCAAAACUUCCAGCAGAUGAUGAUGCUUUUCAUAAUAAUACUUUACAGAGUCACCAUUUGCCUACAGCAGAUGACACUUUCGAAGAUUCAACAGUUUCACAUGACGAUAGUAUUCUGCGAGAGCUCGAUGCACAGCAGGAUUUCAAUAAUACGAUAAAAAGGAAAAAUACGCUGAAAAAAAGUUCUGAACUUGAUCUAGAUGAGCAGAAUUUGGCCUAUUUGUUCAUCAUUGCCAUACAUGCAUUCAAUUCGGAGUCUUUGGAAAACAAGGAAGAUGCCUCAAUAUGCCUAUCCUUCGAAAAAAAUGAUGUUGCCUUUGUACAUACCGUAGAUGAGUCCGGUUGGGGUGAAGUGACUUUAAUUAAGAAUCAAGCUAGAGGAUGGGUACCUUUCAAUUACUUUUCUGAUACCGUCAAGCCCCUUCCUACUGAUGCCUCUGAUAUUUUAGAGAGAGAAAUUGAGUCUAGGACGCCACUAUCCAAACUCUUUUCAGCUUCAGCAAAGUUCCUGUUGCAUCCACAAAAUACACCACUCGCAAAUAACUCUGGUGUUAGUUUUUCCUUGGAAUAUAUUAAUGGGAUAAGAGACGGGGUUAAAGAGUUACUGGAAAAAACUGAUUGCGUUUCUAGAUCCAAUGAAUUAGUAAAAAGCAAACCGAUUGUUAAGAAAACGAGAAAGAGACUCCUGGCCGAUUGGUACAACCUAAUGAUCAAGGCUGAUUCCUAUAAACACACUGCAGAUUUAGGUAAAAUCGAAACACUACAGAAGCUUGUACUCAAGGUGGUCAGUCGAGGAUGUGUUUUUUUCGAUAUUUGGUCUUUGGAAAAAUUAGCUUUUGAAAAAGAGAAAUCCUUGGGUUUAAUAUAUCAAUCUGAAGUUCCAGACGUCCUCAAUAAUUCAGCAGGUGCUACGCGCAAAAUCACUAGACAGAAACACUCUGUCAGUAAGGAUCUUCCGCUGUUGGCUCAUCCACCCUUUGCAGUUGGACGUCUUAAUGAAGUUCAUGAACUAUUAUUCACUUAUAUCGGAUUGAUUCUUGGUCGGCUUGACAUGAUUGAACAUAAUCCAGUUGGAUGUGAGAUUCUUGAGACAAUCAUUCAUCAAAUGAUCGUCCUCCUACGAGAAUUGUUAUACAUUAGCAAAUGUUCAUCAUCAAUAAUGCAGGCAAAACACAAGGGCGCCAACGAAUACGAACUUGAUCGCAGUCUUGAUCCCUUACUAUCAUUGGUAUCCGAGCUGGUAUCAUGUAUCAAGGUAUUUGUGACACAAACUGUAAGUGAAGAUUUCGAGAAAGCUAAUCAAUCGAAUACGGAACUUCUUAUCAAAGAUGAUUUAUAUUAUUACACAAAUGAAGGAGAGCAUUUGAUUACUAUUGUUUCUAAAAUGACCUUGUUAAUAAGUACAGUAAUAGCGGGAUGCAAUAACUAUUUGAGACUAAUAGGUGACUUUGAGCUGGGAGCUGAUAGAGAAUAUCCAAACUUUGAGCAGAUCAAAAUAAGUCCGGACCUGUUCAUUAAAAAAUGUUCUACAGCGUUAUUGAAGCGUUUGGAUAAGCUUAAGGCUAAUGCUCAUCCUGAGAAACAAGUGCAAUUGAAAAAACCGCAUGUUUAUUCCAAACGAUUAUCAAGGUACUCUACUAUUCGGUCUGGUAACAAGGGAUCUUCUUUGACCACUCCUGGAUCGCAAUUCUUACAAGAGCUCCUUCCUGAAAGCAAACCUUUUUUAAGGGAUUCAUCAUUUGAUCAGUAUAGAAUUGAUGGAGAUGAUGAUGUACUUGAAAUUGACAAGAAUGUCAUUAAUGAUAGAAAAAGGAUGGAGCAGGAAAUCAUAUUUGAAAAAGAUGAAAAGUUAGUGGGAGCUUCUUUCCGUGCAUUGGUAUUCAUAUUGACGGACGAGAUGUCGCGGCCCAACAAUUUUUUAAUGUCAACAUUCUUGUUAAACUUGAAGUUAUUUUCAAGUGCUAUCGAUUUGAUUGAGGAGCUCAUCGCGAGAUUUGAUGUCACAGAUAAAUCUUCUUAUUACGAAAGAGGAUCGAACAAUGGUCAGUACUCUUCGAGAUCAUCGCGUAUUAAGAACAGAAGGAGACUCGUUUGCAAAGUUUUCCAGAUGUGGAUGGAGAGUUACUGGGAUUAUGUUAAUGAUUCACAUGUUCUUCCGACACUUAUCAACUUUUUCAAUGAGGGCAUUUCAAUUCACUUACCAAUUGAAUCGAAGGGAUUGAUUGAAAUAGCGGCUAGGCUAUCGGCAUCGACUACGAGGAAUGAUGGUGGCAAAAGAGUCGAAAAUGUCCAGCUAGUUUCCAGGAAUAUCGCUCCAGUAAACACGAACUCUAUGAUCUCUAUAUCCUCCUCUUCAUCGAGCAAUAGGUCAUCCAUACUGUCUAUUGAUGAACAAUUUAUUGAAAAGUAUGAGUUGGCCAAGUUGCCAACUACUAAUUCUAGCUCUAUCUCAUUGCCUUUGCCUCUUCUGCAUGUUGGAACGUCAUCACUGUUGACAAAAAGAAACAUCCACGAUAUGGAAAGGUUAGUACAGUCCUAUCGAAGUAUGGUGGAUGAUUCUGUGAUCAGCUCGAUGGGAAAUCACUCUGACAUAACAAAAUCUUUACACGAUUUAAUCAACCAGUGGGGAUCCUUGAUUAAACUUACUAAAGCGCCUUCGAAUUUAAUCCAUAAUGAUAUGAAUUUUGUGGAAUUGAAUCCCCUUGAGAUUGCGAAACAGCUGACUUUGAUCGAAUCGACAUUAUUUUUGACAGUUAGAUCUUCAGAUCUACUUGAUACAAUUUUCCACUCCAAGAAGGCACACUCAAGACAUAAUCGUAACGUGGAGCUUGUUGUGAAUUUCACAAACCUUUUAUCAAAUUAUGUCAUUGAGUCGAUCGUCGCACCCAAUUUGUCGUUGAAAAAACGCUGUUCGAGGUUGAAAAGCUGGUUGAAUAUUGCAUUAUCUGCUCUUUACUUCAGAAAUUUCAAUUCGGUAACAUCCAUCAUGACAGCGUUACAAAGCCACGCGUUAUCUAGAUUGACGCCAAUUUGGGACCUUACUAGUGACAAGUACCUCGACUUGUAUCAAUAUCUCUCCAAGAUCGUGCAUCCCAAUAACAAUUAUAAGGUUUAUCGUACAAAGCUUCAGCAACUCACCGCCGGAUUUCCUUCGCAGGAACACCUGAAAAAGCCAGUCCUCCCAAUGGUGCCAUUUUUCAAUUUAUUCCUGCAAGAUUUAACUUUCAUUAAGGAUGGGAAUAGCGACUUCCGAAAUCCUGUUUCGUUCAGACCCAACAACAUAUUAAACAUUGACAAAUACAUUAAAGUUACAAAGGUGAUUUCAUUGAUGCAAUUUCUACAAAUAAGUUAUGAUACUGAGGACAAGGUCAACAUCUCAGGCCCAAAAAGGGACUCGUUUUUCAACUUAGCCUCCACUAUGGAUAUAGACACCACGAGCAUUAAACAUGUCUCUCUUUUGCAAGAGUUUAUACUCUAUGAACUGUGGCGAGUCAAUUUUUUAUAUGCCCGUGAUUCAGACAGAAGCUACAAACUCAGCCUUGAAAUUGUGCCCAGAACAGGAUUUUGA